AUGACUAUAAUAGAUGACAUAUUGGACACCUAUGGUAGCACUGAAGAGAGCAUGCAAAUUGUAGAAGCAAUUAAUAGGUGGGAUGAAGGUGCAAUAGAUGUGCUUCGAGAAUACAUGAAGGAUAUCUACUUAUAUUUGUUGGAAACAUUUCAUUCUUUUGAGGAGCAUUUAGGACCUGAGAAGAGCUACCGCGUGAAGAAAUUAGUUCAAGCAUACAACGCUGAACUAAAAUGGCGUGAUGAAAAAUAUGUGCCAAAGAAAAUAAGCGAACAUCUUGAAGUUUCAACGAUAAGUAUUGGGACAUCUGUGGUAGCAUGUGCUUUUCUCGUUUGCAUGGAUAACAUAAAUGCGGAGACUUUCAAUUGGCUUUCUAGCGAGGCGAAACUUCUCAAGUCUUUUGCUAUAUUUGUACGGCUCAGGAACGACAUGGCAUCAAUAGAGCGUGAGCAACAAGGGAUCCACUGUGCAUCUACUAUCCAAUCUUACAUGAAGGAGCAUGAGACGACAAAAGAUGACGCGUGUAAAGAGAUAAAGGAACUUAUUGAGAAUUCAUGGAAAGAUAUAUUAAAACAUUAUUUGGAAUUGAUAGAUCAACCAAUGGUUGUGCCACAAAUUAUACUUGACCUUUCAAGAACCGUGGAUAACAUGUACAAGCAUACCGACGCAUACACUAAUUUAGAGACCAUCAAGGAUACUAUAAGAAUGCUUUUUGUUGAUCCAGUGGAAUAG